AUGCUUUCCUUUGUGUUUGAUAGGAGUGGGCUUUGCAAGCUCUGGUCUGUCCCUGACUGCAGCCUCCUUCACACUCUGCGAGGCCAUAACACAAAUGUAGGAGCAAUUGUAUUCCAUCCUAAAUCCACUGUCUCAUUGGACCAAAAGGAUGUCAACUUGGCCUCUUGUGCAGCCGAUGGUUCUGUGAAGCUUUGGAGUCUGGACAGUGAUGAACCAGUGGCAGACAUUGAAGGGCAUACAGUGCGUGUGGCUCGGGUAAUGUGGCAUCCAUCAGGGCGUUUCCUGGGCACGACCUGUUAUGACCGUUCAUGGCGCUUAUGGGAUUUAGAGGCUCAAGAGGAGAUCCUGCAUCAGGAAGGCCACAGCAUGGGUGUGUAUGACAUUGCCUUCCAUCAAGAUGGCUCUUUGGCUGGCACUGGGGGACUGGAUGCAUUUGGUCGAGUUUGGGACCUGCGCACAGGACGUUGCAUUAUGUUCCUAGAAGGCCACCUGAAGGAGAUCUAUGGGAUCAAUUUCUCCCCCAAUGGCUACCACAUUGCGACAGGCAGUGGCGACAACACCUGCAAGGUGUGGGACCUUCGACAGCGGCGUUGUGUCUACACCAUCCCUGCCCACCAGAACUUAGUGACCGGUGUCAAGUUUGAGCCUAUCCAUGGAGACUUCUUGCUCACGGGUGCCUAUGAUAACACAGCCAAGAUCUGGACCCACCCAGGCUGGUCGCCGUUGAAGACUUUGGCUGGACAUGAGGGCAAAGUAAUGGGCCUAGACAUUUCUUCUGAUGGGCAACUCAUAGCCACUUGCUCCUACGACAGGACCUUCAAGCUCUGGAUGGCAGAGUAAGCAAGACCAUGGAAGGCCUCGGGCCUUGUGCUCUCACCCAGGAGCCAUUUUCCUCAGAGGAAAAGAAUUGUGUGUGGUCUAUCAUGUUUUCUGCCAGAUACCACGGGUAGGAUUGGAUUUUCACGUCGGCCCCACUUGCGAGUAGCCCAGUCUCUAGGUGACCGUGGUUAGAGUGCGCUCCUCGUCUCAGGUUCGGCCAUAAACUGUAGACAUUGCUGAGACUCACCACUUUUGAAUGCCCUCCCACCUCUGUCGGUACUCAGGAUUGUGGCUGUUCGUUCU